UAGUGGUCUCAUUAACUGCACGAGUAUUGAAAGUCACGAAAUAAUUAUCAUGUCUCAGAAAUCUUACAAACUCUACUAUUUUCGCGCACGAGGCCGCGGAGAAUUCAUUCGGCUAGCUUUUCUCAUCGCUGGAGUCGAAUUCGAGGACUUCUGUGUCGAUAUUGAAAAGGACUGGCCUGCCUUCAAAGCGACUGGGAAGUGCCCCUUUAAUCAGGUGCCAAUACUGGAAAUAAAGGAGGAUGCCAAAUCAGAACCAAUUGUUCUUAGCCAGUCUGUGGCCAUCUUACGAUAUCUUGCAAAUGAGUUUGGACUUGCACCUGAUAGUAACUUGGACAAAGCAAAGGCCGACGCAAUUGUGGAUGCAGUGAUGGAUAUCAGGGCUAAGAAGAGAGAUGUACACUUUGAAAGGGAUCCAUCACUCAAGGAAAAACUCUCAAAGGACUUUCUAGAGUCUCACCUACCAUCUGCUCUGAAGAGUUUUCAAAAGUUACUUGAAGCAAAUGAAGGAGGGCAAGGAUUUUUUGUUGGGAAAAAGCUAACCUAUGCAGACAUAUCAUUUUUUAACUUUUUGAACAGCUGGGUUGCUAAGGACAAGAUUAAAGGAUACCCAGCUGAAUUAGAGAAUUUUCCCUUGUUACGAGGCCUCUAUGAGCGUGUACGAGAUAUCCCAGCUGUGAAGAAAAGGCUUGAAACCAGGCCAGACACUGUGUUGUGAAGGGAGGUCUUUAUAAGCUUACUAGCUUAGAAGAAGAGAACAUGUAACUUCUCAACAUGAUUUUUACAGAUCAUCCUUUAAAAAGGAUGCAAAUAUAGAAAGUAUAUUGACAGCAAGAAGAAAGAGUAGCUAAUCAUGAACAGGGAACUUUCAAGAAUAACUAUGCAAAUGGCUUGAAUAGUAUGUUUACUAGGCAAUCUCAAGAGAAAUUUAUGUUAUUAUACUAGAAGUUUUCCGAAUUCCAAUAAAAUACAUAC